CGGGCGGGAUCCCUCCGCUCUAGGGAGAGCAGAGCUGGACGGUGAGUUGCGGUGACUGAGGAAAUCCAUCCGCGUCGCCGCCGCUGCCGCCUCCGCCGCGGAGGAAGACAGGACCUCUCGCGCUCCUCUAGCGACCCUUCGCAGAGUCCCACCGCCACAGGCCUCGGGCCAGCGGCGAGGAGCUGCCUCCCCCAGCCCCCGUCCCGCGGCCCCCAGCCGCCCCCAACCCCGCCCCACGGGCCCGGCGCCAUGAGUGAGCUGGAGCAACUGAGACAGGAGGCUGAGCAGCUCCGGAACCAGAUCCGGGAUGCCCGAAAAGCAUGUGGGGAUUCAACACUGACCCAGAUCACAGCUGGGCUGGACCCAGUGGGGAGAAUCCAAAUGAGGACACGGAGGACCCUCCGUGGGCACCUGGCAAAAAUCUACGCCAUGCACUGGGGGACAGACUCAAGGCUGCUGGUCAGUGCCUCCCAGGACGGGAAGCUCAUCAUCUGGGACAGCUACACCACCAACAAGGUCCAUGCCAUCCCGCUGCGCUCCUCCUGGGUCAUGACCUGUGCCUACGCGCCCUCAGGAAACUUUGUGGCCUGUGGGGGAUUGGACAACAUCUGCUCCAUCUACAGCCUCAAGACCCGUGAGGGCAAUGUCAGGGUCAGCCGGGAGCUGCCUGGCCACACUGGGUACCUGUCAUGCUGCCGCUUCCUGGAUGACAACCAAAUCAUCACCAGCUCUGGGGACACCACCUGUGCCCUGUGGGACAUUGAGACAGGCCAGCAGACGGUGGGUUUUGCUGGACACAGUGGGGAUGUGAUGUCCCUGUCACUGGCCCCCGAUGGCCGCACCUUUGUGUCAGGCGCCUGUGAUGCCUCCAUCAAGCUGUGGGACGUGCGGGAUUCGAUGUGUCGACAGACCUUCAUCGGCCACGAGUCCGACAUCAAUGCCGUGGCUUUCUUCCCCAACGGCUAUGCCUUCACCACGGGCUCUGACGACGCCACGUGCCGCCUCUUUGACCUGCGGGCCGACCAGGAGCUCCUCAUGUAUUCCCAUGACAACAUCAUCUGCGGCAUCACCUCUGUUGCCUUCUCGCGCAGCGGCAGGCUGUUGCUCGCUGGCUACGACGACUUCAAUUGCAACAUCUGGGAUGCCAUGAAGGGCGACCGUGCAGGUGUCCUCGCAGGCCACGACAACCGAGUGAGCUGCCUUGGGGUCACUGACGAUGGCAUGGCUGUGGCCACAGGCUCCUGGGACUCCUUCCUCAAGAUCUGGAACUAACAGCCCCGACCCCAGCUGGGCCCAGGCUAGGAGGGGCCCUGCCCAUGCCCACACUACAGGUCGGGAGCUCUGGGGCUGGGUGCACACCGAGCCUCCCUCCUCGGGCCACGGGGCCUCGGGUCCCUGCUCCCCUACCCAGGUUUGGUUCCUCCCGGGGCCCCCACUGUGGAGAUUAAGAUGGGAAUAGAAUGGGGGAAGAGGAGGGGCAGAAAGCCCUCAUCCUUUUGCUGCCCUGGGGUCAGGGCCUCAUCCCUCUGGAGGGCCAGAGGCAGGAGGUGGAAACUCCAGGGGCUGGCUUUUUUAAAACUGGUUUUAUUUUAAUUUUUAUUAUAUUUUCAGUUUUUCCAUAAAGGAACCAAUUCCAACUCUGUA